AUGGAGCGCACAUAUAUUCAGGAAAAUAAGCAAGCGCGACUUCAAGCACUGGGCGAAGAAUGGGGUAUAACUAGUCAACCUCCUCCGUCACCCUUGCCGAGGCCUGAUCAGCCGCCAUCCUACCGGACAGAUAACGAUGAGUUUAUAGCAGAAGAGUUACUUAAGAGACAGCGCAUUAGCGAAUCUCAAGGUCACCAGCCGAAGGGGAGUAUCUCGCGUGCCUUCACAACAAAAAAGAAGACAUGGGAAUACCGAGAAAUUUAUAGCACCCUCGUGGCUCAUAUUACGAACCAAGGAUCACCAGGCGUUGCCGAAUGCCUAAUACUCAAGUUAAAUCUAGCUGGAGGGAACCUCAACUUGGCGCAGAAGAGUCGAACUAGUUUAUUAAGCAGAAGAAAGAGUCUCGAUCUAGCCGAACGCAGCCAAGUGCUCCAAAUAGCCGUCAAGAAUGGCCAUUAUGAAAUGAUCGAGGUUCUUUUGCCCUACGCUGAUGCUUUAAGCUUAGAUACCGCAUUGCCAACUGCGAUUCGUGGUGGAAACGCGGCGAUUGUCGCACUUCUCAUAAGAUAUGGCGCGAGUGUAGCUCAGACUGCCGACGGACAAGAUGCAUUUCGACAGGUAUGCGCCAUUGGUGGCCAGCCCGAUCUAGUCGCGCUUAUUCUGGGAUCCGACGGACGGCCGUCAUUGUCGUGGAUGUCACAAUCCAUGGUUGAGGCAGCGAGGGUUGGGUGUCUGGGUACAGUAAUGCACCUCGGCCAGUCAACAGCAGACGGUAAUCACGAUGGUGCCGCCGCGUUGAAAGCUGCCGUAGCUCUCGGCCGGAGAGAUAUCGUCCUCGCUAUUGUUCUCGGUAAUAAACCACCAGCCCAACCCGGUCUUAACGAGGCGUUUGACCAGCUCAUGAGUCACCAAAACAUCAAUCCCAACGAAAAGAUGGCCAUGGCGGAGAUUUUGUUGUGCGCCGGGGCGGAAGGUGAUCUGGUAUCGAAAGCCCUGGUACAAUCGUGCGCCACUUACUUUCUCGAAAUGGUGCAUCUCUUGGUCUCUUAUGGUGCAUCAAUCGAAUAUCAGGAUGCGAUCGCUGUUCGCAAAGCUGUCUCAAAGGGAAAAGUCGACUUGGUAGAGGUUAUGUUAAGUGGGAAAUCUAGAUUCAGCUCUCAUUAUGCGUCAGAGUGCGUAGAGCUUUUGCCAAAAAAGUUGAGAUUUGAAGAACGUCACUCUCUCCUUAAUCUACUACUUCGUAAAGGUGCAUCCGGGGCGCCCUUGGAUGAGGCGCUAAUCGACGCAGUAGAAGCCGGCGACGUCGAGGCGGUUAAAAUACUUCUCACGCCGCUGUUUCCCGAAGGUAAAAUCGUCGGGGCUAAAGAUAUUCGGAAAGGUCCGCGAAGCAUGGUAUUUGAGAGACAUGAGAUUGCGUCGACAGAUCAUAAAGGUGCCCUAGCGUUGCAGAUCGCUGUGAAGAAAGGGGACGUAGCUAUUGCGAACUUGAUUCUUUCGAAUAAGCCGCCUAAUCCUGUUGCUCUCGCUCAGAUCUUCCCUAGCGUGCGGAAUCUACGCCCCCUUGAGCGGUAUCAGACCUCGGAGUUAUUUCUAAGAGCUGGACUUACUGGACCGUCGGUUCAUUCGGCCCUCGAGAACGCCAUAGACGAGCAACCACCGCACCGAGAUGAGAAGCUCAUCGCCCUUUUCCUUCGUUAUAAUGCAGAUGUAAAUUUUAACGAAGGUCACACUAUUACGGCAGCUAUUUCACAGAAGGAUGUCCGACUCUUAGAACGAUUGCUCAAAAGCAAGCCCACAAUCCAGGUAGCAGCCAAGGCGAUUCCUAGGGCUAUGGAAGUCGAUGAAGGCUCGAUACGGUUUCAAAUGAUCAACAUGCUCUUAGCAGCCGGUGCAUCACAGGGGGGACCUGAAGUAUCGGCAGCUGUCGAGGCAGCGAUACAGAUUGAUCUGCCAGAUAAACGACUGCUUAAAACAUUACUGCAGCAAGGGAAUGCGGAUGUUAAUGUUAAUGAGGGGAUAGCUGUAGAGCGUGCCGCGCUACAUUCCGAUCCGGAAAUUCUAGGAAUGAUUCUAUGUUUAGGGCAGCCCAAUGCUAGUAGCCUAGAACGGGGUCUAAAGAGUAUAGGAAAUCUUCCAAUGUCCACAGGUAAAACCGAAAAGCUAGAUGUGAUAUUACGCCGAACGCAGUCGAAGGAUACGGCCACCAAGCUGCUCUUACAAGAGGUGUUAGCUGUUUUAAAAGUACCUUCGCACGACCAAAAUUUCUCUUCAAUAAAAGUCCUACUAGCAAACGGUGCCGAUAUCAAUGCUAUGAAUGCCGAGGCGUUGUGUCGAGCGGUGGCCGCGGCAAACAUGCAACUGGUAGAGCUUUUAUUCACAGCCACUCCAACCCCUACUUCGAUGGCAUUUGCUAUGCCUCACGCCCUGCGCAUUCGUGAAUUGAUGGAUAGACUAACGUUCGCGCAAAAAAUCCUAGAAGGCGGUAUACCGGCAACUGAAGUGAAUAGAGCUCUCGUCUUUGCCGUCAGUACUUAUCCAGACGACAUACCGCUCAUCAAUACUCUCUUAGCCCGUGCAGAUACUCGAGACGGCCUGGCUUUGAUCGAAGCUGUCAAGGGAGAAAAGUAG